CUAUAUAUAACGGCUAAAACGACUUUCCCAAAGAAGAAAGCAGAAAUCCAAAGCCUCAAUCUACGCAGCUCCGCCCGCUCCUCUCUCUCUAUCUCUCUCUCUCUCUAGCUCUCCUCUCUUUCUCUCUCUUCCAUCCAUUUUCAGAACUUAUUCUUGCUCAGAUUCAGCUCAAAUCUUCCGUUCCCUGAUCAGAAAUCUCGAAAAGUUUGCGCCUUUGAGCUCCUAUUCGGAAGCAGGAAGCUCAUGACAACCGCAGCUCUGCCUUUUAUCUUGCAUUUCAACAGCAACCCAUUGAAAGAAGAGUACCCGGGUUCGAGUUCGAGUUCGUCUCAAUCGGGUCCAGAUUUCGACCCGAUGGUGAUGAUGAUCCCUCCGCCGCAGCCGAUGGAGGGCCUGAACGACACGGGCCCUCCGCCGUUUCUGAACAAGACAUACGAUAUGGUGGACGACCCGGAUUCGAAUCGGGUGGUGUCGUGGAGCAGGGAAGGGGGGAGCUUUGUGGUGUGGGACCCACAUGCUUUUGUGAUGAGCCUCCUGCCUAGGUACUUCAAGCACAAUAAUUUCUCAAGCUUUGUGAGGCAGCUCAACACUUACGGUUUUAGAAAGGUUGAUCCUGACCGAUGGGAGUUUGCCAAUGAAGGAUUUGUAAGGGGUCAGAAGCAUCUUUUGAAGAACAUUAGAAGAAGAAAGGCACCUUCUCAGCCUUUUCCGGCACAGCAAACUGUCAGCACUUGUGUGGAACUUGGCCAGUUUGGGCUGGAUGGAGAAGUUGAUCGGUUGCGGCGUGACAAGCAGGUUCUAAUUAUGGAACUAGUGAAGCUUGGGCAGCAGCAGCAGAGUACUAGAGCCUACCUUCAGGCCAUGGAACAAAGGUUACAAAAGACAGAAAUGAAGCAGCGGCAGAUGAUGGCUUUCUUGGCAAGGGCAAUGCAGAACCCGGCUUUUAUACAGCAGCUUGUCCAACACAAGGAGAAAAGGAAGGAGCUUGAAGAGGCAAUGACUAAGAAAAGGAGGAGGCCAAUUGAUCAAGGACCUAGUGGUGUUGGUGGUGGCGAAUCAGGCCUAAGAGGCAAAGGAAUAAACCCAGUUAAAAAUGAGCCUCUUGAAUUUGGCGAUUGUGAGUAUGAAAUGUCGGAGCUAGAAGCACUUGCGAUGGAAAUGCAAGGAUUAGGUAAGGUGAGAAAGGAACAGGAGGAAGUGGUAGAGCCACUAGAUAGCGGAGAUAAGGAGCUUGAUGAAGGAUUUUGGGAAGAACUAUUUAGUGAGAGAUUCAAGGGAGACUUGACCGUUCCGAGUGCUGAAGUAGGCGAAGAUGAAGAUGUGAUUAUCUUGGCUGAUCGCUUAGGUUACGUAGGUUCAUCCCCAAAGUAGACUAGCUAGCUGGACUUCUUCUGCAUUGCUCUCUCUCUCGCUCUCUCGCUCUCUCUCUCCCUCUCUCCCCCGUCUUUGGUUUUCACUUCCUCCCAUAUCUUUCGGAACAAGGCUAAAGCCUUCAACAGUUGUUUUCAUAGUCUCUCAUUUUGUCUCUGGGGUUUCUCUUCAUGUGCCAUUAGGCCAUAACUUUCUUCUGGAUUUCUUGGUAUUGACAGGAUAGGGGGAUGAGCAAGCAAUUAUUUGUGGAAAAGAAACCAUCUUUGUUUCUGGUGUUUCUAACCCUGCACAUGAUAAUUGAUUGCCACCUUUUCUUCUUCUAAUAAUUUCCUCUCUUCUUUCUUUAUCUUGGCUAGGUUGCAGGCAUUGCUUGGACAGAACCUUUGGUAACUUUUAUCGUUAUUUAUGGCAAGGUUGUUGUUUAUUAAUCUAUACAAACCACUGUUCUAUGUACCAUAAAUCAAAUUAAUUAUCUGUCUCUGCCUGUUGUAAUCUAUUUAUGGCCUCUCUUAAAGGAAUGUAGAUUGUUGAGAAGCUGUUAAACUUGAAAAGGAGUUGCAGCAAAAGCUCCAAGAAACCCUAAAACAUAUUCUUGUUUUUGGGUCCAAGUGACUACAUUGGUAGUUUGUCAGUAUGAUAUAUUCUGUUACUGAAAUGUUGUUUUAAUUAGUUAGAUGUAAAUAGAGUUAGGUAGUAAUGAACUUCAUAAUGUUACCUUUGUACCGUGUAGAUCGUAGAUUGGUUCAUGUCCGAUAUGGUUCUCUCCUCAGUCACUUCAUCAGCUGUGGACUCUCAAAAACUGGUACACUAUGCUCCUUAAAACAUCACCAUAAAACUGUGUUCCUUACCCCAUUGAUGUCUUACAGAUGAAGACAGGAUCCGAGUACGAAAGUAAUUCUACGAAAAGCACGAAUUCGAUCGGUUUGUAAGAGUAAUGCAACUUUGGUCUGAAAGAUGUUGUAAUGUAGAUGGCGGUGUCAUCUCAACAGCUCAAGUAUAUUCCUGUAACAUCCUGAUACUAACACAUAAAAACCAGAAGGACAUUUUGAGAGGAAAAUCUGAAUUUUGGAUUACUAGAGGAGGAUAGAAAAUUAAGUUCCAUGGCUAAUUUGUACAUGAGGUUUCUAGAGAACAAGAUGGGAAGUCCAUGUUCUCGUGGACUGGUCACACUUUAUAACACUUAUCGGCUUCUUACAUAAGAGAAGGAGAAUUAUUCUUUCUUAAAACACGAAAGGAAAAGUCUUUUCACUCGAA